CUGGAGGUCAGGUGUGCACGGAGUAACGUACACAAGAACCUGGAUGAAGGAGGGCUGCAGGUACACUUCUUACACAGCUUUAAGAAAAGAGGCUCAGUAGUGUGUCAGUGUGGGUGUAGUGGAGGGAUGUCUGUGUUGCUCAGUGAGUUGGUGUUGAUGCUGGCUCUAGCUGCCGCCCAGCACCACUUCUACGAUAACUACGCUUAUACCAAGGUGAUGGGGGAGUGCCUGGGAGAACGGGUGUACAAGGACUACCUGCAGCAGGUGUGGGCAGCGCGGCGGGCGUGCGAGGGCGUGGCAGCCGCCCACAGCAGAGUUACGCCCACGUCAUCCCUUCUCUCACCCCUCACCACCUCCACUCACAAUGGACAACCAGGAGGAAUAUUCAGACAACAACCGGAAGCUCUUUUCCAGCAUCCUGGGGUAAAUUCCCAAAUUCCUGUAUUUCAUUCCCAGCGCCCUCGGGUAGAUUCCCAGCAAUCUGGACAGCAAUCUCAUCAUCUUGGGGUGGAUUCCCAACAUUUUGGAAUAAGCUCUCGACAACCAGAAGUGCAUUUCCCGAAAACUGGGAUACUUUCCCAGCAGCCUGGAGUUUUUUCCCAGCAUUCUGGAUUGUUUUCCCAGGAACCUGGAAUAUUUUCCCAUCAGCCUGCAGAUUUUUCCCCUCAAACAGGAGUGUUUGUUCGGCAGCCUGCAGUUUCUUCCCCUCAGCAACCCAGAUUUACCUUCCGUCAACCAGGGUUGUUCACCCAACAUACAGGAGAUUUUUCCCAGCAACGUGACGUUUCUUCCCAUCAACGAGGGGUAUUUUCCCAGCAGCCUGGGGUAUUUUCCCAGAGCGAGGUGGCGGAGACGAUCCCCUACCGUGGCAGCAGCAGUAGCAGCAGUAGCAGCAGCAGGGGACGACACCACGACACUCGCUUCCCAGCUCUCCGUCAGAGACGGGCGGUAGGGGUGGGCAGGAGCGAGGUGCAGCAAGCGGUGGAGAAGGCUGAUACCCUGGUUAGCGAGGUGACUUGCAUCCUCGGCACACUUGGCGUGGUGGACCGGCAGUUGGAGGUCGACUUCGAAGGUCUGGCUGCCAAUACUCAGAAGCUGCCCCUUCCUCAGCCACUCAAGAACGACCUCCUCACCAACAUUCAUCAAUGCAGAGAUAUGACGCUGUGUCUGCCGGUGCAGCAGUUAGGGUCACAGCUGUCACAGAAGCUAGAACGUCUCACGGCCUUCGUCAAGUGCGAGAAGGCAUCUCGUCUGUCUGCCUGCCUCAAGCACGACCUUAGGAAAAAUUUGCAUCAGGGAGACCUCAGCCUCCUGUCUACUGACGGCGGCGCCGCAAGCGACCAGCUGGAGGGCCUUAUCAGCCUCCUGGUGGUGGCAGAGACCGCCAGUGAACUGGAGCUCAUCUGAUUUGGUCACUCUCUGAAAUGGACUCUGCCACGACUUUGUAAAUUAGAAUAUGUCUAGACUAGUCUUGAUGGCUCUUAUAUAAACUUAUCUAGAUUAUUUCUGUGAGUUCUUCAGGGUGACUUUAAAGUCCGAAGAGUUUAUAAUAACACAA